CUGAGUGUGAUGUGGCCAAUAAAAUAAGAAAGAAAAAUUCAUGAGAAAUCAAAAAUACACACAAAAAAGCCAGAAAACCCGAUAAAAUGCAGUUAAAAACGUGUCUUGUAUAUAAAUUUGUGUUUUUGUUAUUUAAUAUUAGGUACAGUAGUUUAGAGCAAACCAACAAAUUAGACUGUGGCGAUGAAAAUUGUACAGUUCCAAUUGGUUUGGGCAAAGCAGAAGUCACAAUCUCGCGAAAUGUCGAGGGAUUCCUCACAAUGAAGGCAGGCGAAGAAGCCCAGAUUUUCGGAGUAUUUGGCAAGGACUUGUUCCUCAUCGAAACAGACAAGGACAAGCGAAGGGGAUUCGUGUCACAAAAAUUGUUUCGUGAAAUGCGACUAAAACGCAAGGGACUAAUAAAGUCAAAUGUAACAACAAAUCAGCGAACAAAGCUGAGCCAAAUGGGACCCAUUGUCAAGGGCAACGAAGGAGGACCUCUGAUACAGGAAGAAAAACCUCCAGCUGAACAACCUGCCUCGAAUGAAAGCGAAACUCCCGACGUCAAACCCGUUUUGGAGGGAAAAACUCCAUCUGGGCAAGUCAUUUUCGCAAAAGAAGAACCUGUCGCGGAAAAGCCCGUGACUGAGAAUGUGACAGAAGAAGAAGAAGGCGACGACACAGAAGAAGAUGAAGAAGAAAACGCAACUGGCGAAGAAGAAGAAGAUGAUGAAGAAAGCACGGAGACACCCGAAGAAGAAUCAAUGCUCUCAAAAUUGGCAAAUUUCAUCACAGGCGCCGACGAAGAAGAAACUACAGAAGAGCAAAAUGAAACCUCAACUGAAACUGAUCAGAUUUUAGUACAAAAUGACACCAAUCAAAACUUGCCUGAAGAAAAAUCGCAAGAAAAUGAAGUUAAACCUCAAGUUAUAGUCGAAACAACAACUCCGCUUCCUGAUUUUAAUGAAAUCGCAACUCCGUCAAGUCCCGUCGAGAUGGAAGCAACAACUCCAACACCUUCAACGAACGUUGAACAAGAAACUCCCAAACCCGAGACACUUGAAAACGCGGAAAAUGUCACAGAAGAUUUAGGCAAACCUGAUUUUCAGCCAAUUCCUGACACAAAAACUGAAGUUACGAACGAAUCAACGGAAAAAGCUUCUGUUCCGCAAGAGAAAAAAUUGUUAGGAAAUAUUCUUACGACGCCUCCGCCAUUGCUGGGACUCAUGAAAAGUCAAAUUAAGAAAGAAGAAAAGAAACCUGAAGUGCCCGUAGUUGAAGAAACGAAGCAAGAAGAGCCUAAACCUGUUGUAGAGGAAGAAAAACCCGUCGUUGAGGAACCCAAACCCGUCAAAGAGGAAGAAAAACCUGAAGUUUUCGAAGAAAUCUUGCUCGAAAAAGAAAUUAACGAAGAAAAAAUUGUUCCUGAAGAUCAAAAUGACCCUGCGCCUACUGAAAUUCCAUCUCUUUUCGAAGAAAGUCAGGAAAAAGUGACAGAAAAUCCACAAGAAGAAGUCUCUGAACUCGAUAAAGUCAAAGAAAAAUUAGGAGUUGCCCCUGAGGAACCCAAAAAAGUCGAAGAAACCCCUUCAGAAGAAGUUACAACCGAAAAACCCGUCGAAGAAGUGACCCAAACUGUCACUGAAUCCCCUAAAAUUGAAGAAAUCGUAACGGAAGCUCCUUUGUCAGCUGCUUCUUUGGGCAUCGACACAUACGGAAAUCCUCCUCCGCCAUUAAAACCUCUUGAAGAAGUCAAAAAAUCAACUUCUGAUGAGCCAACUAUUCAAAUUGACAACAAAUUAGACCUUGAAACGGAGGAAAAAGUCCCUGAAAAAGUCUCGAAUGAAGUUCCAAAUGCAUUCCAUCACGAUCACGGACAUCAUCAUCAUGGACACGGGCAUGAACAUCAUCAUCAUGGACACCAUCACGGGCACGAACAUCACCAUCACGAGCACGAACACGAUCACAAAAACGAUUUUCAACAAAAACGAGAAGCGAUCCGAACUCUUUUAGAAGCUGAUGUGCCAAAAGAUGGCAGCGAAGUAGAAUCAAGUGAGAAAAAAGUCGAAGAACCACAGAAAAAAGUCGAAGGAGUCCCUUCUGUCGUCGAAAUACGACGAAAUGGCAAACUUGUAACGCCAAAAGAUGCGGAUGCCGAACAAAACAAACACGAAUCAAAUCCUCACAGUGGUGAAUAUUGCGAAGCUGCAGGAGGUGCCUGUCCUGUUGAUUCAACCGCCAACACAAUUUCCGAUCUCACGAAGAUGUUUGGGCUCGAUUUCCUCUUGCAAGAUGGAAUUUUCGAACAAUUUAUUGAGAAAACCAUCGAAAUGUUUGACCUCAUCAUCGUUUUGUCGAUCACAUCGGCUGCUGUCGUGUUCUUCCUCGUGCUCCAUUCGUGCGUUAAGCGAUGCAUGCGUGAAAGUCCCCUUUUAGAAAGAAUCAACCAUCUCGAGAGAACGUUAAUGACGAGUCUAAAGGAAAAUGCAACGUUGAAAAAUGACCUUGCCGAGUCAAAAGGCAAACUUCAUCAAAUCGAAGACACGUCAUUCGGCUCCAACGAAAUGGUAAUCGCCCUGAAAAAAGAUCUCGAUGACAGCGAACACAUUCGUCAGCAAUUACAACAACAAUGCAACAUUUUGGAAGCGGAACUUCAACGUUCAACCGAAGCUGGCAAUGAAUUAAACAAAAUGUUGUCGGAUUUGUUGAACAGCCAAACCGGCAGUGAAUCCAUCUUGCAAAGUGUCGAACAGCUCCAAAAGCAAGUCGACGAGCAACAAUUUACGAUCGAGUCGAUGACCGAAGCUUUAGCGACAAAAAGUCGCGAAAACAGCGAAUUGCAAGUGCAACUCAGCGAAAUUUCGUCUACAUUGGGCGUCGAAGUGAAAACUCUCAAAGCGCGCAACGACGAUGUCGAGUUGGAAAAAAUUUGCAUCGAGAACGAGUUGAAAAAUCUCAAAAAAUCUGUCGCGGAACAAAUUGAAUCGCUUGAAAAGUCAAAAAUCGAGGAAAUUGAGAGGAUUAAACAAAAACUCGCGAGAAAGGAAAAAGAAGCGCUCGAGUUGCACCAAAAGUAUCGCACGAGUGAAGCGAAAAUUCAGGCGUUGAACGAGAUGAUUAACGAAAGUAAGACAAAUGGCGGCGAUGUUGGUGACAUGUUGGAUUCAAUUGAUGCGAAGGCGGAAUUAAUUUUGGUCGCGAAGGAACGCGAUACUCUCAAAGAACAACUCAAUGCGGAGGUUAAUUCUAAAAAGUCGAUGGAAAAUUACGUGAAAACGGUCGGAGAUGAAAUUGAGAAACUAAAGAAGGAGUUUAGUGUUGCAGAAAAAGAAAAGUUGGAGGCUCAAACGAAGUUGGAUGUGCUCUCGUCGUACUUUAGACAAAAAGAAAGCGAAUUGCAGAGAGAACUCAGUACUAAAGAAGCACUCUGGAUGCAACAACAGGGCGAAACAUCGACAACUGUUGAGCGUGUCAAGAGUAUGCAAGAGGAAAUUCAGCAAUUAAAGUCACAAAAUGAUUCACUCAAGGCUGAAAUUUUAGCACAGGACACUGCUAAUAAAGCCCAAAUUGUCGCCUUGGAGAACAAAGCUCACGAAGCUUGGCUAAAUGCGCGUCAAAGUGAACGUAAAGUCGAAGAAUUACGUCAAGAAUCAACAAUUUUACGAAGACGCUUGACAUCAAUUGCUGAAUUGCAGCCAAGUUCAGCAAAUAAUUCAAUGAAUGCCUCAAAUCUCGUUGACGGCUCAUCAGGAGGCAUGCCAAGCUUAACAAGUCUCCCGAGUUUGAAUUCCGUUCCUUCUCCAUUGCGCGUCGAAUCCCCCAAUUCUCCUAUUAUGUUACCGGGUAUGCCGCCUCCGCCGCAAUUUUUGCCUCCCGGGCUCAUGCCUCCGGGUCCCUUGCCCGUAAAUCUUCCGCCGGGCGUUGUUCCGCCAUUACCUUUCAUGCCGCCGCCCCCAUUUGACUUGGCAGGUGCGCAUCGACAACCGCAUGGGCGCAUAAUGUCGCCGCAGCAACGCGGAUAUUCGCCCAGCAUCAUCGACGACGAUCGUUAUUCGCCCGAUAGUCGAUAUCACGACGAUUAUUCCGUCAUGUCGACACGUUAUGACACCGAAACAGACUUUAGUCCGCCUCCUAGUCCCCCGAAACGGAACAAUUCGUCGAAUUACAACAGACAAAACGGCAAAGUGAUGUCGCCACAAAUGAACGGAAGACACAGUAACAAUAACAACAAUUCAAUGAGGAGCAAACCAAAUAAAGGUGGAUUCAACAGUUCAGGUUCACAGGAUUCAAUUAUGGGAUCAGGGUCAAGAAAAGGCAACCAUGGGAAGAUAUAGCAUUAUCGCAAAUUUUUCUAAAUCCUUGAAUUAAAUCUAUUUCUAUUUAAUUUAAAUAAAAAAAAAACUUUCAUUGAUUUCACUUCGUGCUUCAAACAUUCAAGCUUUAAUGAGUUGACGAUAAAAAAAAUAAAUCGAAAGCGCGUGAAAAAAUGUAAUUUUUUUGCCGAGAAGUAUCAUAAACAAUGCAAAAAUACAAAAAUUUAAAAAAUAUCUUUAUCAAAAAAUUAAUGUUGAUAAAAAACAGGGGAAAUUCUUAUGAUGACAUCAUUCUAUGAAAACUAUAAAAAAUUUAAAGGGAAAAAUGACAUCUAAAUAUACCUUAAAGAAUAAAAUAAAAAUAAAUGAUGAUAAAUAAAAAAAAAACAAAUUUUAAGUUACACUUUGUAGUUCACUUUUGUCCUGAAUUUCUCUUCAAGCUGUUUUCUCUACAGAUAUUUAACCAAAACACACUUAUCAAAACUAUCUACUAACUUGAUCCCAUCCCAGUAGUGUUUUUCAGUAACAAGCUAGAAAUUAACGAUGAUAAUAUCCUACAGUAGAGAGGAGUGAGCACCAUCAAGAGACUUACUAUUGACUAAAAAAAUAGACUUACAAGGAUUAAAGACACUUCACUGAUAAAAAAAAACUUUUUUGUAUGAAAUUUCAAAUGAAAUUUAAAGAUUAUUAAAAAAAAAACUUAGUAAAAUGUGAAAAAUAUGAA